GUCACACACACCUCGGCGUCCAGCCUUCCACCGAACUCGUCGACGACAUGCCGCCGCAGUGGCCGUGGCUCCAGCCCGCCGCCGCCGCCGCCGCCGCUCGCCGCGCCACCCCCUUCGUCCUGCGCGGGAGACGCCGCUCCUCCUCCUCCGCCUGCGCCUCGGCGCCCUCCGGCCACGCCCGCGAGCAGGAGGACGAGCAGUCGCUGGUGGUGGUGGGCGGAGGCGCCGCAGGGGUGUACGCGUCCAUAAGGGCCAAGACCCUGGCUCCCCACCUCAACGUGGUGGUCGUCGAGAAAGGCAAGUUCUUGUCCAAGGUCAAGAUCUCCGGCGGCGGGCGGUGCAACGUCACCAACGGGCACCAUCUCGAGCCGUCGGGGCUGGCGAGAAAUUAUCCUAGGGGGCACAAGGAACUCCGGGGAUCCUUCUUUCGCAGUCAUGGGCCACAGGAUACCAUGCACUGGUUCUCAGAUCAUGGUGUGGAGCUUAAGACCGAAGAUGACGGUAGAGUCUUUCCUGUCACUGACAACUCUGCAUCGGUAGUAGACUGCCUGCUGAACGAGGCGAGAAGACUGGGAGUUUCCCUGCAGGCUGGUAAAUCGGUGUCCGGUGCAUCCGUCGAUGACAACGGGAAGUUUGUUGUGGAAGUUGAGAAGCGUACCAUUGAUUUUGUCGAUUACAUCAGCGCUAAUUAUGUCUUGGUUGCUACAGGGAGCAGCCAGCAGGGCUACUCAUUUGCUGCACAUUAUGGUCACUCUAUUAUUCCGCCGGUGCCAAGCUUAUUCACAUUUAAAAUUGCAGACAAGCGACUGGCUGAUCUCUCCGGGGUUACGUUCACAAGAGUCAAAGCAAAAUUGAUGCUAGAUGGCAUUCAGAAAAGCGCUCCUGAAUUAACUCAGACUGGACCUAUGUUGGUUACACACUGGGGGCUUAGUGGCCCUGUUGUUCUUCGAUUAUCUGCAUGGGGAGCACGUGAACUUUAUCAGGACAAGUACCAAGCAAAGCUCAUGGUUGACUUCAUACCUGACAUUCACAUUGAGGACGUGAAGCGCAUCCUUUUCCAGCACAAAGACAAAAAUGCGAAGAGCAAAGUAAAUAACUCCUUUCCCAAGGAGUUUGGUCUGGUGAAGAGGUUUUGGGGAUUCCUUCUAGAACAGGAGAGUUUAGAUGGUGAUAUGCACUGGGCUACCGUACCGAAAAAUCAUCUAAAUGCAAUAGCCCUUCGUUUAAAACAGUGGAUGUUUGAGGUUGUUGGGAAGGGUCAAUUCAAAGAUGAAUUCGUGACAGCUGGAGGUGUUCCACUUUCAGAGAUAUCGCUUAGCACUAUGGAAAGCAAGAAGCAGCCCAAUCUGUUCUUUGCCGGAGAGGUUCUUAACGUCGACGGGGUCACCGGCGGAUUCAACUUUCAGAAUGCAUGGACUGGUGGGUACAUAGCUGGGACAAGCAUAGGCACAUUGGCAUCAACCAGCAUCCUCAAAGAAGAGCAGGCUUGUUUGCAACUGCGAGCAUCUUAAGGAAAUUCAGUGAUUCAAGGAUUCUUAUUGGCUGACAAGCUUUGUAAAAGCUUCUGAGUGUAGCUUGGCAGCACUGUAGGAGUAGCUCGAAAACAAGCAAAGAUGACCAAGAUUCACAUCGACUAAUUGUAUUUUCGCGUCGCAGCGACAAUUUUGUUGUGGAGUAAGACCAGCCUUGUGAAUCCUUGUAAACUUGGCACUUGGCAGUAAGAAUCAGAAGAUCAAUAGACCCAGUGCAAAGGUUAGGCUGGAACUUACAGCUACUGCACCAGGUGACUGGUGUACUGAAACAUAAAAA